AUGCCAGCGCUACAGAGGCUGCCCCGUCCACCCACCGUCCACCCCCAGAGGCUGCCCCAUCCACCCCAGAUGCUCCCUGGCUACCCACUGUCCACCGCAGAUGCUGCCCCAUCCAUCCACCGUCCACCCCCAGAGGCUGCCCCGUCCACCCACCGUCCACCCCAGAUUCUCCCCAUCCUCCCACCGUCCACCCCAGAGGCUGCCCUGUCACCCCCAUGCGUGCUCUGCAUGGCUGGCCAGCAGGAUGAGAGGGCCCUGGCUGUGGGCCAGCUGCUGCCUGCGACCUUCCCACACCCCUGGGGACGAGUGGUGGUGGGGGACAGCCCGCAGCAUCUAGCCAGCGUCACCUGGUCCUCCCUGGACCUGCGCUGUGUGCUUCCAGGGGGAGGCGCCCACUGCAGCACUGUCACCCCAGGACCACUCACCCCCGGCCUGGGCUCUCUGACCAAGAGGGGAGCGGCCCGUGCGUUUGGAGAGUACCUGUCCCAGAGCCACCCCGAAAGCCGCAACGGAGCAGAUCACUUGCUGGCUGACGCCUGCUCUGGCCACGACGGGUCCCCCGAGAUGCAGCCAGCCCCCCAGAACAAGCGCCGCCUCUCCGUCAUCUCCAACGGCCGCUACGAGGGCAGCCUGUCUGAUGAGGCCGUGGGCGGGCAGCCGGCCUGCGAGGGCCCCCAGCCACGCGUGUACACCAUCUCUGGGGAGCCUGCCCUGCUGCCCGGACCCGAGGCUGAGGCCAUUGAGCUGGCGGUGGUGAAGGGGCGGCGGCAGCGCGAGAGGUCCCAUCCCCACCACCACAGCCAGCCGCUGCGUGCCAGCCCGGGCAGUGGUCACGAGGACAUCAGCAGGCCCUGCCAGAGCUGGGCGGGCAGCCGCCAGGGCUCCAAGGAGUGCCCUGGGUGUGCCCAGCUGGCCCCCAGCCCGUCCCCUCGGGCCUUCGGGCCAGACCAGCCCUCUCUGCCCGAGGUCUCUGGCCGCCGCAAGCCGCUGGAGAGGAUGCACAGCGUGGACCGAGUGUCUGAUGAUGUUCCUGUCCGCACGUGGUUCCCCAAGGAAAACCUUUUCAGCUUCCAGACAGCAACCACAACUAUGCAAGCCAUCUCGGUGUUCAGGGGCUACGCGGAGAGGAAGCGCCGGAAACGGGAGAAUGAUUCCGCCUCCGUAAUCCAGAGGAACUUCCGCAAACACCUGCGCAUGGUCGGCAGCCGGCGGGUGAAGGCCCAGACGUUCGCUGAGCGGCGCGAGCGGAGCUUCAGCCGGUCCUGGAGCGACCCCACCCCCAUGAAAGCCGACACUUCCCACGACUCCCGAGACAGCAGCGACCUGCAAAGCUCACACUGCACGCUGGACGGGGCCUUCGAGGAUUUGGACUGGGACGCUGAGAAGAGUCUGGAGGCUGUGGCCUGUGACUUCGAGGGCUUUGUGCCCCCCAAGGUCAUGCUCAUCUCCUCCAAGGUGCCGAAGGCCGAGUACAUCCCCACCAUCAUCCGCAGGGAUGACCCGUCCAUCAUCCCCAUCCUCUAUGACCACGAGCACGCGACCUUCGAGGACAUCCUGGAGGAAAUCGAGAAGAAAUUGAGCAUCUACCACAAAGGGGCCAAGAUCUGGAAGAUGCUGAUCUUCUGCCAGGGCGGCCCCGGACACCUGUACCUGCUCAAGAACAAGGUGGCCACCUUCGCCAAAGUAGAGAAGGAGGAGGACAUGAUCCACCCCCAGCUUCGGCUGAGCCGGCUGAUGAGCAAGGUGAACCCGGAGCCGAACGUCGUGCAUGUCAUGGGCUGCUACAUCCUGGGUAACCCCAACGGGGAGAAGCUCUUCCAGAACCUCAGGGCCCUCAUGACGCCUUACAGGGUCACCUUCGAGUCUCCUCUGGAGCUGUCGGCCCAAGGGAAGCAGAUGAUCGAGACCUACUUCGACUUCCGGCUGUACCGCCUCUGGAAGAGCCGCCAGCACUCUAAGCUGCUGGGCUUCGACGACGUCCUGUGAGGAGCCGCCCGCCUUGCCUGGGGUCCUGGGGCCGCAGAGCUGCUUCAGGUCCCCACGCUGCUCAGGUCCUCUCUGGCGUGGCCUGGUCCUCACUGUGCCGAGGGCCCUGGAGGCCUGUGGGCCGGUGGGAAGCUUCGCCCUGAGGCCCCUGGAUGCUCACCGCCAGGCCCCGGCUGGCCCGUGCCUCGCCCUCGCCUAGAGGCUGCAGCACCGCCUAGGAACAAGUGCAGCCCUAUGCCCGACCCGCCAGGGGAGCAGCGCCAGGGGCCACCUGGUCAGGCCCUCUGCUGCUGAUUCUGGCACCGGCGGCACUCGGCGGCCCGGCGGGUGCUCAGCACCCCGUGCCCUGUACCUGAUCACCAGCACCAGGGUGGCUGUCUGAGGCUGGCGUCACCCCGCCUGGCGUCCACACUGGCCGAGGCUCUUACUGUGUGUGCUCUCACCCCUGUAACCACUCCCCUGCUUACUCUGACCUCAGCCACGCCAGCCCAGCCAGCGGCCUGGGUAGCAGGAGACAGGGACCUGGCCUUCCCUCCCCCCAGCCCAGCCCCAGCUGCCGGACCAUCCGGCUCGCCUCGCUGCUGUGCAGCCUAAGCCCAGAUCCUGCCCAGCACACACGGCCUGGGGCUUGGCGGGGCCCUGCCGGGGCUGCGCCCUGGGCGGUGAGCCCCUCUCCCUGCACUACUGGGGGGGUGCCUGGACCCAGCACCCCAGCCCCAAGAGCCAAGUAGCUAGUGGCCGGGGCCCGGCUUGGCAUGGGGCUUCCUCCGUUGCCAGGGCCUUGCAAGGCACGCUCUCUUGUACAUAGCUGGGGCCUGGGGGCAGGCCCCCCUUUGGUAGAGCCUGGGUCUGAGGACACCUGGCUGUGUCCCUGGCCAAGGGAGGGCCAGACAGUGCUGGACUCUGAGCAAUGUACGAUCCCCUAGAGUGACCAUUAAACCCGACCUCCGCUGCGA